AUGUCAGCUUCUAAUAAACAAGAAGAGCCAGAGGAGACUGGCAAAGGAUGGUCAAUGCCCUAUAUGCAAGACCUGCUGCACAAAAUGUGGCGCGUUGAUAGCGAGUUUUCCGAGGCAAGACUGCAACAAAUUCGUGGACAAAAGACAGACGGUAAGUUUGCAGAGAUGCCAUUCGAUUUCGACUUUAUGGUUGAACAUAUCGGGUCUGAGGGUCCAGAACCAUUUGAGAAGCGUGGACCUGUCAUCGACAAUGAGAUCCAUCCAAUGUUCACCAAAUUUAUGACAUCUCUCCCUAUGGAGGAGGUGCGUGAGCAAAUGGAACCUUCUCUUCGCUUGGCUACUAAUAUGAUCACAAAUCCACGUGCCUUGGAAUGGUUCUCCCACGUACGACAUGCACACAAGGGUAGGUCUAGGAGCGGAAGACUUAUGACGCUCAAUCAUGACCCGUACUCGACUACUGCUGAAGCUUUGGAUAUCGUUCGACGCGACCUGCUCAAGCUCGCGGAUGCAAUGACCCUUCAGUGGGUUGGCAAACUCAUACCCUUCGAAGACAUAGAAGGCAAAUAUCAUGAUCAACUCACUGUCAUAGAAACAGUACUCAAGGAUAUCAAGGCACCUGAGUCGGAAGACGGCUAUCAAACAGUACUCAAGCCUAAAGCAAGGAAGAACUUCUUGAAGGCGGUCACUGAUGGUUGCUAUCCGACCAUUUGGUUCAACAUGAAAUUCUUUCACGAGUUUCUUCUUCAAAGCAACCAGGCGGAUUACCCUGCCCGUCUCAAGCGUCUCAGUGACUUCAGGUUUUCUUCAAUCCUUCUUCACGAAGUGGCGCAUGCAUGGACCACAUUUUGUCACCGUAAAUCUCCAGGCAAUUUUGUUGAGCCUCUGAUACUGCGUUCGGACCUAUAUUCGGAAGCUGGACAGUCCUGGGAGCAGUUCAUGUACGGCGCGCAGAUUUACCCUCGUAAUUCUCAUAUCCAUGGCCGCGAGAUUGCAGAUUCUUUGAUGGCCAAAUCCCGCAACGAUGAAACCAUUGACUUCUGUGCAAGUAUUCCUCAAGCCUGGGUAGAUCAAUGGUUCCUCAAGAGCACAUGGGACCAGUUUAGCGAGUUGCACCGCGAGGGUAAGCAGUUCAGUGACUCGAAUCCACGGGACACAUUGACCGCACCAGCACCUGCCUAUCAGACCGAGCAUUGGCGAUUCAAGCGUUACUGCGGUAAACAGAAUAGAGCAAUGGACUUCCUUUCUUUCUCACAAAGGUAA